AUGGAAGGUAUUGAGCACCGCCAUCAACCCGAUUUUCUCAUUUCCCAAAAGGGCCCGAAGGGUCUCUUCUCCGCAUGCAGCAGCAGCAGUUACAGCAGCAGCAUUAACAGCAGCAACUGUCUGCUGGACCGCCGCUCACUUCCCCCAUCGCCCUCCCCCACCAACGCCCUUCACCACCACCCCCUCUCCGUGGAUCCAAUAGAGCCCUCCACCUCUGUCUCUGUCUCUGUCUCCUCCUCCUCCCCCUCCUCCCCUCUGCAGGCGAUGUCCAGUCUCUCUCCCCCAGCCGCAUCUCUGCAGGGGAGGAGGGCGCAGGCUGAAGUGACGCAGAGUGGGCGGCUGGGGACGACCAGUGCAUUGCCCUUCUGCAGUGAGGAUGGAUUCUGUCUCUCCCUCACACCGGAGAUUGUGAAUUCCAUUCCACGUGGACGUGUCCCUUGUCACUUGGGCUGUUCCAUGCGGGAUUGGAGUCAUUUAAUGCAUCAGCAGGAACAGAAGAAAAAGGUGGAGUAUAAACAAGGUGUCAUUACACGUGGGGGUAAAUCGCUUCCACGACUUUCCAUGCAUGAAGUCAUGCAGCACACCACAGCAGAUGAUCUUUGGCUUGUUAUUCGCGGUGUCGUGUAUGAUUGUACGAAGUUCCAACACUUUCAUCCGGGCGGUGGGCGGUUGUUAAUGCAAUGUGCCGGAAAGGAUUGUACGGCAUUGUAUGAUUAUUAUCACAGAUGGGUAUCGUGUGAAGGACUUUUGGCACCAUUCGCAGUGGGUGUGAUCGAUACAACAAACACACAACAACAACAACAACAACAACAGUCGCCUUUAAAUACACAGUAG